CAAAAGAUUUUACAAUCUAAGUUUCUUUUAUUAUUCUAUCUAGUUCCUGUCAUCUUAUUUCGUACGUGUCAAUACUCAUGCUGCUAAAAUCUCAAACCCAAAUGGUUCUUAAUUCAAGAGCUCUUGUUUUGCUCCACAUUCUUGUCUGGUCAUUGCCAGAUACACUUACCCUGAGUUCUGGUACCCUGAACGAUAUCUCUUGCUUGAAAUCUAUUAGAGAUUCCUUAGAAGAUCCUCUCAAUCACAUAGCCACUUCUUGGACCUUCAACAACCUCACAGAAGAUUCUAUCUGUGGAUAUGUUGGGGUCAGUUGUUGGUACAUAUCUGAGAGUAGGGUUCGAGGUGUGCAACUGGCCAACAUGGGGCUCAAGGGCAAGUUCCCUAGGGGCCUUGUGGACUGCAGCGAACUUAGAAUCUUAGACCUUUCAGGUAAUGUAAUUUCAGGAUCAAUCCCACGUGAUAUCAAUGAAAUACUGCCGGCCGUAGAAGUGCUCAAACUCUCAAACAAUAACUUGUCUGGAGAAAUCCCAUCGAGUAUAGGUAAUUGCUCUAAUCUGGAGGUUCUCAUACUCGACAACAACAGGCUAAUGGGGCAAAUACCUCAGCAACUCAACCAGCUCAUCCGUCUAGAAAUCUUUAGUGUUGCUAAUAAUUUGUUGUCAGGGCCAGUGCCAGACUUUGUUAACAUCACUACAAUCAAGCCUGAGAGCUAUGUAAAUAAUAGUGGACUAUGUGGAGGGCCUUUCGAAUAUUGCCGUAAAAAGCAUAGAUGGAGCUUUGAAAUUUCUUUCAGGAGUGGGUUUGUAGUUGGUUUUGUGGUUUUUGCCUUUUCAUAUACAGCUUUUUUUACCUACUAUUUUAAUCUUUGUGUGGGAUCAAACAAGAGGAAUAAGAUAAUGCCAACAAAUACUACAGAAUUGACAGUGACCGGGAAGAACAUCGCUGAAAAAGUUGAUCAAGUUACCCAAUUGAUGAAGAUUUCUCAAUUGGGCAGAAAAGUUACUAGAGUGAGCUUUGCAGAACUUAAAGAAGCAACAGGCAAUUUCAACAGACACAAUUAGAUUGGGUUGGGAAAGAUUGGGAUAAUGUACAAGGCAGUGCUUCCAAAUGGUUAUCCCCUUGCAGUUAAGAGGCUAUACGAGUCUCAACCUUUUGAGAAACAAUUCAAAUCUGAGUUAUCAGCUCUGGCUAGAUUGAGACACAAUAACAUAAUUCCCCUCUUGGGUUACUGUAGAGAAAGGAAGGAAAUGCUUCUAGUAUACCAAUAUAUAUCGAAUGGUAACCUUUAUGGCUGGCUACAUGCUGGGAAAAACAAAGAUACGAUCUUGGA